UUUUUCAAGAUGAACAACUGCGUGGUCAUUUAUUCCACUUUCACUUGGAAUUCUGGUGGCAUUCCGACAGAUUUGCAGCCGGAGUAGCUGGAGUUUCCCUGGUUGGCUAGCAUUCCGCCGGAAUUCCGGGGUACAUUAAUUGAGGAAUAGAGACAUUUAGAUUCUGAAAUUUUUACUUUACCGCUGACUUCGAACGUCAAGAUGUCACGUGAUGACGUGCUUGCCGUCAAGUUUGCCGUUCAAUCUACACGUUUUUACGUCAAGAACCCUCUCCAGAGAUGCCUUUUCGUUGGCCACAGACUGCACAAGAUAUAGCUCUUUGCAAAGAGGUGCUAGGGAAAAGCCCUUCGUCUUCAUCGGAGUGGGAGGAGAUUGCCAUAACUUUGGGCUCUCAUUUUAGUGAUGGUGACAAAAUCGUUGUUAUCAAAGGGAGAGGCUGUAGAGAACGACUUGAUCGUUUGAUAGAGAAGUACAAACAAGACGACAAAAAGGCUUUAAAAAAAUCAGGAACAGAGGAAGAAUAUACAGAACUCGAACAAUUACUWCAAGAUAUAUCGACUUACAAACGAGACAUGGAGGAACUUAAACAAAAAAAGCGUCAUGAGAAGGAAAAAAAGAAGAAAAAAGACAGGGAAGAUACAGAAAAGGGGAUAGAAAUGAGAGAUGCAGCUGYAUCUGGGCUAGCAAAGAGAAGUCAUGACAGUGAUGAAAGUGCAGGAUCUGGAUCUGAUACAGAUGAGAGUCCCAGUAAAACACCAACAUGUUCUAAAAAGCCUGUAAGAAAGAGAUUAACUAAAUUAACAGCAUUGGAGGUACUUUCCGAAAAGUACCAGCAAAAAUCAGAUUUAAAAUCAAAAGAGCUCGAAAUGAGACGCAUGGAACUUGAAUUCCAAAAAAAAAAGUUUGAGAUGGACACAAGAGAAAGAGAAGAAAAAUUGCAGUUGGAGCUGGAGGAGAGGAGGCUGAUGAUAUCUUUUAUGAAAAAGAAAAUGUAAAACUCAUCAGUAUUCACAUUUUGAAACAUAUUUACAUAAAGAUGUUACAUUUAUAUGGUAUUUUUAAUG